UCUUCCUUCCUGUCCUUUUUCCCGUGUUUAUCAGUUUUUUCACCCCUGCUAAAGAAAUGAGCUUUCUGAUUGCUCGCCAUGGCGUGCAGCUGCUACGCUCUCCAGUCAUGGUACGGCACUUCAGUGCAAGAUCUGCUGGUCGAUAUGUGGCUCGAGGUACCCUGACCACCUUAGUAGCAGGUUCUUCAGCCUCCGCCUGGUUUAUCUCACAGGGAGUUUGGGGAGCAUUGGAUGAUGCCUUCCCUGGAGGUUCUUCAUCGACAUGGUAUGAGUUCUACUGGCUGUGCUGCAAAGACACAGCUUCCUACUGUUGGACACUGCUGCAGUUGCAGGCUCGACAAGCAUGGCUUCAGCUCAAUGGAGAAGCAACAGAAGUCGUCUCGGUGGAGUCAGAAGCCCCACCUUUGAGAGAGCUGCUUAGAGACCGCGCGAAGGCCUUGUUACUGGAAGGCCGCCUGGUGGGCGAGCAGGGCUUCGAUGGAGACGAGCCGCUCAAGGAGGCGCACUUCCAGCUCCAAUCUCUUCGAGCAGUGUUGGAGUCCAAGGACAAGGAGUUAGUAAAGAUAAAGGACCGCAACAUGACCUUGCAGAAGGAGAAGGAUCAGGUGUUGGCAGAGAGCCAAGAAUCUAGAGCUGAGCUUCAGGUAUCAUCAAGGUCCAAAGAGGCCGCUGCUCAGGAGCAGAUUGAUCACCUGCAACAAGAUCUGUCAGCAAGAGGAACAUUGCUGGAGGAGCUAGAUGCUGCGAAGGUGAAGCUAUCGACGGAGCUGGAGGAAUUGAAGACGACGUUGGCACAGAAUCUGAUGGAUCUUCAACGCAGCAAGGAAGUGGAGUGUCAGAGGUCCCGAGAGCUUCUGAAAGUACAAGAGCAGAUGGAGACUGACAGAGAAGAAGUCAAGUCGCUUCGGAGCACACUGGACCGUGCACACGACGAGCUUGAGCGGAGCAAGGCAAAGGAAUCCAAACAUCAGCGAGAAGUGCUCAAUUUGCAGAAAAGCAUGGAGGAGCAAAAGAAUGAGUUGCAGAAGCUCAAAGAAAGCGAUGCAGACAAAGCAAAAGCACUUGACAAGAUGCAGCAGGAGGAGACGGCUAAGCUGAAGGAGAUUGAGGCACUCCAGCACCAACUGCGGGAGAAGGCCAAGGUGACUUCUGACUUGACGACGAAGUUAGCGCAGCAGACGCAGGAGUUGUCAGAAGUGAAAAAGUCAUCUGCGGAGCAGCUGCAGCAAGUGGAAUCCACUCAGCAGCGCCUUGCAGAGAUGGAAGCUUCUUUAGUGCAGACGCAGGCGGAGGCACAGCAAGGCGCCCAAGAGCUUGCAGACACGAGGAAGAUGCUUGAAGACAAGGAAGCUGAAGUGAGCACUCUAGGAGCUCAGCGUGCGACGUGGGAGGCCGCCGAGGCCCGACUGGUCGACGAGCUCCAAACGCUUCGGCAGAACUUCGCAGCAGACAUGAACGAGCGGGAAAAGCUCCAAGGACAGCUGGAAUUCCUUGAAGCUGAAGAUGCCUUGAAGUCUCAACGAAUUUCUGAAAUGCAGCACUUUUUGCAAGAACAGAUGCAGGACAUGGACACUCUCAAUUAUGAGCUGAAGCAACGAGAGGCGCAGUUGGAGGAGCUGCAGCAACAGAUGAGCAAAUUGCAGCAGCUGGAUGCACAGAAGCUUCAACAGCUCGAGGAGCUCCAGAAAUGGAAGAGGCAAUGUGAGGAAGCCAAAGAGCGUUUGUUGAGUGGCAAGUUGUCCAAAGUGAAGCUGGAUUUGUAGACCUGGUCCUCCUAGCUGGUCCUAGCUCCCAAGCUGUGAUCAUGGCACUGUUGCU